UGCUGUGGUGGUUGACCAUUCAGAGCCGUUUCCACCGGAGACAAACCCCCGCUUUAGCAACAAGGGGGAAACGCGAGACGGGAAAAACAGUCUAGAUCAGACAACAUGGCGUUCUUUUCCUGGGAAAAGUUUGCCUAGAACUUCAGUGGUAUUCCCUGAACUAAAACUCCGACGUUUGUUUGCCAACUUUUCGCUGCAACGGGAGAGCCUACGAGCUGAGAGGUUUUUGGGAAGGACGCUGAUCUCGUCUUUUUGUAUCGGUGUGGAAAGUAUCAUGGGAUGAAAGUUGUCCGUUUGUGGGACUGGACAUCAAACACAGGGGAACAGAAUGGAAAAGCAAGGAUCAAGAAGAGAAAAGGCAUACUUCCGACAGGGCGUUGCCCUCCAGUACCUGGGGCGGCACGCCGACGCGCUGGCCGCCUUCGCCUCGGGGCUGGCCCAGGACCCCAAGAGCCUGCAGCUGCUGGUGGGCAUGGUGGAGGCCGCCAUGAAGUCCCCGUUACGAGACUCCCUGGAGCCGACCUAUCAGCAGCUGCAGAAGAUGAAGCUGGACCGCAGCCCGUUCGUGGUGGUGUCGGUGAUUGGCCAGGAGCUGCUGUCGGCCGGUCACCACGCCUCCUCGGUGGUGGUGCUGGAGGCUGGGCUGAAGAUCGGCACCUGCAGCCUGAAGCUCCGCGGCUCCGUGUUCUCCGCCCUCAGCAGCGCCUACUGGUCGCUCGGCAACACCGAGAAGAGCUCCGCCUACAUGCAGCAGGACCUGGAGGUCGCCAAGACCUUAGGUGACCAAUCAGGAGAGUGCCGUGCCCAUGGUAACCUGGGCUCCGCCUUCUUCUCCAAGGGGAACUACCGCGAGGCUCUGACCAAUCACAGGCAACAGCUGGUCCUGGCCAUGAAGCUGAAAGACCGGGAGGCGGCCUCCUCGGCCCUCAGCAGCCUGGGGCACGUGUACACGGCGAUCGGCGACUUCCCCAACGCGCUGGCGAGCCACAAGCAGUGCGUGAUCCUGGCCAAGCAGACCCAGGACCCUCUGUCCGAGGCCCGCGAGCUGGGCAACAUGGGCGCGGUCUACAUCGCCAUGGGCGACUUCGCCAACGCCGUGCAGUGCCACGAGGAGCACCUGGGCAUCGCCAAGACCCUGGCCAGCAAGCGGGAGGAGGCGCGGGCCUACAGCAACCUGGGCAGCGCCUACCACUACCGCCGAGACUUCGACAAGGCCAUGUCGUACCACACGCGCGUGCUGGAGCUGGCCCAGGAGCUGGAGGAGCGGCCCAUCGAGAUGAGGGCCUACGCCGGGCUGGGCCACGCGGCGCGCUGCAUGCAGGACCUGGAGCGGGCCAAGCAGUACCACCAGCAGCAGCUCGCCAUCGCCGAGGGGCUGGCCGACCGGGCCGCCGAGGGACGGGCGUCGUCGAAUUUAGGCAUCAUCCACCAGAUGAAGGGCGAUUACGAGACGGCGCUGAAGCUCCACAAGACCCACCUGUCCAUCGCCCAGGAGCUGAACGACUACGCGGCCCAGGGUCGGGCCUACGGGAACAUGGGCAACGCCUACAACGCGCUGGGCGUGUUCGAUCAGGCCGUGCGCUACCACCGGCAGGAGCUCCAGAUCUCCAUGGAGGUCAACGACCGCGCCUCCCAGGCCUCCACCCACGGCAACCUGGCCGUGGCCUACCAGGCCCUGGGCGCCCACGACCGGGCCCUGCAGCACUACCAGAACCACCUGAACAUCGCCCGUGAGCUGCGGGAUGUGCAGAGCGAGGCUCGGGCGCUGGGCAACCUGGGAAACUUCCACUGCUCGCGCGGCGAGUUCCCUCAGGCCGUGCCGUACUACGAGCAGUACCUACGCCUGUCCCCGGACCUCCAGGACAUGGAGAACGAGGGGAAGGUGUGCCACAACCUGGGCUAUGCCCACUACUGCCUGGGCAGCUACCAGGAGGCCGUCAAGUACUACGAGCAGGACCUGGCCCUGGCCAAGGACCUCCACGACAAGCUGAGCCAGGCCAAGGCCUACUGCAACCUGGGCCUGGCCUUCAAAGCUCUGGGGGACUUCUGCAAGGCCGAGGAGUGCCAGAGGUACCUCCUCUCCCUGGCCCAGUCGCUCGGCAACCAGCAGGCCCGCUUUCGGGCGCUCGGCAACCUGGGCGACAUCUUCAUCUGCAGGAAGGACGUGAGCGGGGCCAUCCAGUUCUACGAGCAGCAGCUGGCCCUAGCGCACCAGGUGAAGGAGCGCAAGAUGGAGGCGUGCGCCUACGCCGCCCUGGGAGCGGCCUACCGGAUGACCCAGAAGUACGACAAGGCGCUGGGCUACCACACCCAGGAGCUGGAGGUGUGGCAGGAGCUGGGAGACGUGCGGGGGGAGUGGCAGGCGCAGGGUCACCAGGCGGCGGUCUACAUGUCCCUGGGGAAGUACGGCAUGGCCUUCCGCUGCUACGAGGAGCAGCUGGAGCUGGGCCGCCGGCUGAGGGACCCCGGCAUGGAGGCCCAGGUCUACGGCAACAUGGGCAUCACCAAGAUGAACAGCAGCUCCAUGGAGGAGGCCAUCGGCUACCUGGAGCAGCAGCUGGCCACCCUGCAGCAGCUGAGCGGCAACGAGGCGCUGCUGGACCGCGGGCGCGCCUACGGGAACCUGGGCGACUGCUACGAGGCGCUCGGCGACUUCGAGGAGGCGGUCAAGUACUACGACCAGUACCUGACCGUGGCGCAGAGUCUGAACCGCAUGCAGGACCAGGAGAAGGCCUACCGGGGCCUGGGGAACGGGCACAGGGCGAUGGGCAGCCUGCAGCAGGCUCUGGUGUGCUUUGAGAAGCGCCUGGUGGUGGCUCACGAGCUGGGCGAGAGCGGGUCGAAGGCCCAGGCGUACGGCGAGCUGGGCAGCCUGCACUGCCUGCUGGGAAACUGCGAGCAGGCCAUUUCCUGUCUGGAGCGGCAGCUGGCCAUCGCCCGGGAAACGGCCGACCUGGCGCUGGAGGGCGAGGCUAACUGCGGGCUGGGGGCCGUGUACCAGCUGAUGGGCGAGUUUGAGACCGCCCUGCAGUGCCACCGGCGGGACCUGGAGAUCGCAGAGGAAACGCGUAACCCUGGCACCCAGGGCCGCGCCUACGGCAACCUGGGGCUCACCUACGAGUCGCUAGGCAACUUCGAGCGGGCUGUGGUGUUCCAGGAGCAGCACCUGAGCAUCGCCGCGGAAACCAACGACCUGGCAGCCAAAACGGUGGCCUACAGCAGCCUGGGCCGCACCCAUCAUGCACUGCAGAACUACACCCAGGCUGUUAUGUACCUGCAGGAGGGUCUGCGCCUGGCGGAGCAGCUGGGCCGCCGUGAAGACGAAGCGAAGAUCCGCCAUCGCCUGGGUCUGUCUCUGUGGGCCAGCGGGAACCUGGAGGAGGCUCAGCAUCAGCUGUACCGGGCGUCAGCGCUGUUUGAGACGAUUCGACACGAGGCUCAACACAGCACCGACUACAAGCUCUCCCUGUUCGACCUGCAGACCUCAUCCUACCAGGCUCUGCAGAGAGUGCUCGUGAGCCUUGGUCACCAUGACGAGGCUCUGGCCGUGGCAGAGCGCGGUCGCACGCGGGCGUUUGCGGACCUGCUGGUGGAGCGGCAGAUGGGCCAGCAGGACUCGGACCCCUACAGCCCGGUCACGGCGGAGGGGCUGCUGGACACGGUCAACGGGCAGAGGGCCCUGGUGCUCUAUUUCUCCCUGGCGGCUGGGUACCUGUACAGCUGGCUGCUCGCACCUGGGGCAGGCAUCCUGAAGUUCCACGAGGUGUACCUGGGCGAGGGCAUGUCCGAGGGCGGGGCUGAGUUCCAGGAGGGGUGUGGUGGAGGGGGGAGUGGCUCCUCGCUGGAACAGCACAUCGCCAACGCCCGGGAGGCCCUUGGAGUAGAGUCCUACUACAGCAGGGGCUGCUCCAGCAGUGAGACGGAGAGUGAGGCGGGGGAUCUCCUGGACCAGCAGUUUGAGGAGCUCAACAACAAGCUCAACUCUGUGACCGACCCCACAGGCUUCCUGCGCAUGGUGUCCAGAAACAACCUCUUCAACAGGAGCUGCCAGAGUAUGAGCAGUCUGUUCAGUAACAGCAUGUCUCCUGGGAAGGACAGCUCCUCCUCCUCCUCCACCCUGCCCCACCGUGGCAGCAGCCAGAGCAAACCGCCCCUGCGUGCCCUCUACGACCUGCUCAUCGCCCCGAUGGAGGGGGGUCUGAUGCACUCCAGUGGGCCGGUGGGUCGGCACAGGCAGCUGGUUCUGGUUCUGGAGGGGGAGCUGUACCUCAUCCCCUUCGCCCUGUUGAAGGGCAGCUCCUCCAACGAGUACCUGUACGAGCGCUUCAGCCUCAUCGCCGAGCCCUCCAUUGGGGCCCUGGGAGCCUCUGCCAAGGCGCCCGCCCGGCGGGCGGGGCCGGUGCCGUGCGGGGGCGUCUCCAUGGCGGCGGUGGUGGGUAACCCGCGGUUACCGGCCUCGGUGAUGGACCGCUGGCUGUGGGGGCCCAUGCCGUCGGCGCAGGACGAGGCGGCGAUGGUGUCGGAGCUGCUGGGCUGCCAGCCGCUGGCGGGGCCGAACGCCACCAAGGAGCGCGUGACGAGCGCGCUCACGCAGGCCGAGUGCGCCCACUUCGCCACGCACAUCUCCUGGAAGCUCGCCGCCCUCGUGCUCUCGCCCAAUCAGGACGGGGGGGCGGGGCCCGGGGGAGGGGCCGGCGGAGGAGGAGGAGGAGGAGGGGGGAGGAAGGCCUACACCAUCCCGGAGAGCGUGAGGGGGGGGCAGGACGAGGGGAGCGACGCGGAGAGCCUCUGCGACAGCCCCCCCCUGCAGGAGUUCCUCCUGACCGCCGCUGACAUCCUCGACCUGCGCCUGCCGGUCAAACUGGUGGUGCUGGGCUCGUACCAGGAGUCGAGCAGUAAGGUGACGGCGGACGGGAUGGUGGGUCUGACGCGGGCGUUCCUGGCGGCCGGGGCGCAGUGUGUGCUGGUGUCUCUGUGGCCUGUUCCCGUCUCGGCCUCCAAGGUGUUCCUCCACGCCUUCUACAGCGCCCUGCGCUGCGGCACCAAGGCCAGCUCCGCCCUCACCGAGGCCAUGAGGAGCGUACAGAGCAGCACCGAGCUCUCUCACCCCGCCAACUGGGCAGGCUUCAUGCUGAUUGGCAGUGAUGUGAAGCUGAACAGCCCCUCGUCUCUGAUUGGCCAGGCGCUUGCGGAGAUUCUGCAGUACCCGGAGACUCGGGACGCACUGAGGGUCCUGCUACACCUGGUGGAGAAGUCCCUGCAGAGGAUCCAGAGUGGGCAGCGUAACUCCAUGUACACGUCCCAGCAGAGUGUGGAGAAUAAGGUGGGGGUGCCGGGCUGGCAGGCCCUGCUGACGGCGGUGGGGUUCCGGCUGGACUCGGCGGGAACGGGCCUCCCCGCCGCGGUGUUCUUCCCCACGGCCGACCCGGGGGACCGGCUACAGCAGUGCAGCGCCACGCUCCAGUCCCUGCUCGGUCUGCCCCCCCCAGCCCUGCAGGCCCUGUGUAAACUCCUCACUGCCUCUGAGACUGGAGAGCAGCUCAUCAACAGGCUCCACCAGGUGUUGGUGCAGCUGCAGACAGGUGAGAAGGAGGAUUUCUCGCUGAGCCCCAUCCAGGUGUGCAUCAGCGUGCAGCUCUGGAGACAGCCCGGCUGCCAUGAGUUCCUGGCUGCGCUGGGGUUCGACCUGUGUGAGGUGGGCCAGGAGGAGGUGGUGUUGAAGACGGGGAAGCAGGCCAGCCGCCGGACCAUGCACUUUGCCCUGCAGUCUCUGCUGGCACUCUUUGACUCCACGGAGCUGCCUAAACGCCGCAGCCUGGAUAGCUCCUCCUCCCUGGAGUCGCUGGCGUCCGCCCAGUCCGCGUCGAACGCGUUGCCGCUGGGCUACGCGGCCCCGCCCUUCUCCCCGCCGUGCGACGCCCUGGCGUCCGACUCCAUCUCCGUGUACAGCCUGAGCUCCGUCGCCUCCACCAUGAGCUUCGCCUCCAAGUCCGAGAGCGGCUGCGACUACUUCCUGGCCCAGCGGCAGAGGGGCGGGGCGGGGCCGCUCUGCUCCGCCUCCCGCAGGCAGCUGGGCGUGGCCCGGGGGCGGGGCUCCCCGCACGGAGGCGGGGCAGGGGGCGGAGCCAGGAGAGAGGAAGACGAGGAGUACGAAGGAUUCUCCAUCAUCAGCAGUGAGCCAAUCGGGAACCAGUGCGACUCGCUGCCCCUCCCCCCGGGACACGCCCGGCGACACCAGCAGGCCCGAGGGGGGGGCGGGACCUGCGGGAGGAAGGGGCGUGGUUACGUGGCGUCGGUGUCGAGUCGGGGGAGUGUAAGCACGCCCACCUCCCCGGUGAAGGCCAGUCUCGCUCCUGGGCCAAACUCUCCCUUCCAGAAGGUCGUGGGGAAGGUCAACGCCUCGGACGCGGGCGAAUCGGAUCACUCCAGCACCGAGACGGACAGCACCAUCAAAUCACAGGAGGACAAGAUGGACCCCCAGGAGCUGGCGCGGAAGAUUCUGGAAGAGACGCAGACACACCUGCGCGCGGUCCAGAGCCUGCAGAGGGGUGCAGCCAACGGCGCUAUGCCAACGGGGGGUGGGGCGUCAUCACCCACGGCGACGACCGUGCCCGCGGGAGGCUCUGCCUUCCGCUCCUCGGAGACGAGUGCGUUCAGCCGACCCAACAGCAGCGCAAGCCUCAGAGCCACGCCCUCCCCGCUCCAAACUCCGCCCCCGCCCAAACCGCCGUCACGCACCUCCUCCCUGCAGAAGAUCAGCUCGGGCUACAACAGCCCCACCACCUCCGACACCUCCCUAAAAGAGGGAGGGGGCCAGCCUUCCCCCACCCCCACUCUGGGUGACGACCACGCCCAGGUCAGCAGACUCAAAUAUCCCAGCUCGCCCUAUAGCGGCCACAUCUCCCGGUCGCCGAGCAACGUCUCCCCCAGCUCUGGGGGCAGUGCCCCCCCCUCCCCGGCCCUGUCCUACUCCUCCACGGGCUCGGCUGACGCCCCCACCCCACCCGGCCUGGACCGGCUGAAACGGGCCGCCAUCGACGACAAGGUGCAGGCCGUCCACAACCUGAAGACCUUCUGGACCGGCUCCGGGGCCCACCACCCGGCCCAGUCCGGGCCCCUCCGGGCCCUGCCCCGCCCCGCCCGCAGGGACGUGCUCAGCCUGCUCAACCUCUCCCCCCGGCACGGCAAGCCCCCGCCGGCCAGCCUGGAGCCCCCCCAGAACCCCCCCAACGGCCACCACCCGCACCCCCGACCCCAGCCCACCCCCUCCCCCACCGCCUCCACCAGCAGCAGCCCCGGGGCCCGCGCCAUCCGCCUUCCCGCCGGGAACGGCUACAAGUUCCCCUCUCCCGGAAGGUUCUUCCCCUCCUCCAAAUGCUGAGACAGUCGCUUUCAGACGCUCCUCUUCCUCCCUCUGAACACUUCGUCAGUUUUUGGCUGCAUCCUCCCC